UCUCAAUGUGGCUUUGCGCGGAUCUGACAGCCCUUGUAAAGGCCGGCUGGAGGUGUAUCGUGGCGAUAAGAAGCAGUGGGGCUUGGUGUGUCAUUACGGGUGGAGUAAAGAAAAUGGAGAGGUUGUGUGUAAAUCAAUAGGGUGUGGGGAUCAUACACGCUCUGAUGUAGACAUGACCCUCUACAAAGAUCCACCUCUGCCCCAACAAUACUGGAUGGAUCAAGUGAAAUGCACAUCUGGAGAAGAGAGCCUUUGGAAAUGCCCUUAUGUUGACAUAAAUAAAAAAGAAAAGUGUGAUGAAAAUAGUUUUGUUGCAGUUGAAUGCUCGGGAGAAGUUAAACUGAGUUUGAAUCUGAAUGGACAGCGUGAUGUAUGUGCUGGUGUGGUGGAGUUCUCUACAGCCAACGGCAUCAUUGGGGUCUGUAAUGAUAACUGGGCAAAUAAGACAUGUCAGGAGCUUGGUUGUGGAGAUGUUCAUUACAGUCCCAAGCCUGGAAUGUUCAAAGGACAACAGAGCAAACGAAAUGUAAUGCUUAAUUGUGUUGGCAAUGAGAAGUUCUCUUGGCAGUGUAUGGAGAGGUCAGACUGCCGGGAGCGAGCCAGUGUGAUCUGCAGCAAUCACAGGAGGUUCAGUCUACAAGAUGGCAGCGAUGCUUGCUCUGGGUUGGUGGAAGAGAAAACUGUCAAACAAAAAUCAUGGAAUCCUGUUCAGCCGGCAAAUGUGAAGCCUGAAGUCAUCUGUCCACAACUGAACUGUGGUUCCACUGGAAACUUUACAAAAGGAACUAACAUACUGACAUGCUCAGACCGCGUGAAACUCCAGAAUUUCACAGCAGAUUGUUUUGGAGAUGUUUCCAUUGCUGUGAAUGGUAUUAUCUAUGGAGUGUGCUACAGUGAUCAGGAUUCGAUUCAGUCCCGUAAAAAGAUGGGGGCUAUGGUCUGUCGAGAGCUUGGCUGUGGUGAGAUACUGCGUGUGAAAAAGGGCUCCUUCACUUCUAAUGGUUUUCUGAGUAAUGUUGAUUGUCAGGGUGAUGAACGGUCACUGUGGCAUUGUCUGGCAAUUCAUGAGAAACAAACAUGCACAGGAACCAACGUUAUAUGUUCAGAGGAAGAACUGAAGUUCUUUGAAGGCGAUUCUCCAUGCAAGGGAAAAGUGCGCAUCAAGCAAUUUGAUGAUAAGACUGCAUCAAAUCUGCCUGCAACACCAGAGGAAGAGAAUAAGAAAAAAGCCAAUGACGCAUGCAAAGCAAUGCAGUGUGGAACUCUGCUCUCGUUUGAACUGGGGCAAAACACCAAAGAUGCCAAAGUCACAUGUUCAGGUACAUGUAGCUUUAUCAGUUCUGUGUGUAAAAUGCUUGUAUUCUUACUGAUGUCACAUGUAGGGACAAAGACUCUUGCACUUGAAAACUCGCUUGGAGAAAAAUGCUGGGGAAUCGUGAAGGUCUGCGGAGAUGACCAGUGUGGAGGGGUUUGCAGCAACAAUUGGAGAACAGAAGAAGACUCCAGAAUGAUCUGUGGGAACCUGGGCUGUGGAAAUCCAAUUCAAGCCAAGUUACCACUUCAGAUAAAUAAUCUACCUGCCACUUACAGUAGUGUGUACUGCUCAGAAAAUGUACAAAAUAUGAUCAUGUGCAAUUUUAUUCCCAACAAAAACCCAACCUGCAAACCCCUGGCCCACGUGAUAUGCACAGACAGCAUCAAAGCUAGACUGGAGGAUCCAAGAGACAAAUGCGCUGGAAAAGCAUCACUGUUUUACGCUGGGAAGUGGACACCCAUCUGUAAAGACAGUCUUAAUACAAAUCUUAAAAAUUUGAUCUGCAAGGAACUAUCUUGUGGCGAUAGCAUAAAUGACCAACAUGAUUGGAUUUCACAAGAAGAAUCUAAAUCUAGAGGACUAUCAGGAAUUAAAUGUCUGGAUAAUGCCAACUCUGUUUCCAAAUGUGACCUCAAAGAGGUUUCAGAGAAAGAAUGUAUUGAUGGCUAUCUGAAAUGCUCAGCAUGGAAACGAUUGCUCCUCUAUAAUAAGGAAGGAGAAUGCAGUGGUCCAGUAUAUGGUCUGCGAGAUAGGAAAACACCCACUCCAGUCAGCAUAAGUGGAUGGGGCAACGAGGAAGGACAAAAGCUGUGCGAGUAUCUACAGUGUGGAAAUUUCACAUCAAGCAUCCCUAAAGACACGGACACAAACGAGUGGUGGAACAAGACCUAUAAAUGCUCAGGGAAGAAGAAUAUUUGGGAAUGCGAGAGCAAUGAUCAGCCCGUCCAGAAUCAACAGCAGUUAAACAUCCAGUGUAACCAUAAACCUCCAAAAAUGAUGCUCUCAAAAAACUGCACAGGCGAGGUGCUCAUAGAUGAAGAGCAUGUUUGUGCAUCCCGGUGGGAUGAUGGGAUGUCCAACAAGUUAUGUGACAGCCUCAAUUGUGGUAAGGCACUCUACAGCUGGACCACAGAGUCCAGAGAAAAAAAUACUUGGCAUUUCAGCUGCACAGGCAUAGAGACAUCGGUGUGGCAGUGUGGCUCUAGAAAAGACAGCUGUAAGAACAUCCUCUCUGUGGCCUGCAAAGAUAGUGUUGAAUUCAACUCUACUGAGAAGUGUGGUGGGAAGCUUGUGAUCAAGUAUCAAGGGCGAUGGGAAUAUGUCUGUGGAAAACUGACUCCGAAUGAUAACAAGAAGUUUUGUGAUGUGCUUAAGUGCAAUGAUAGACAAGAAUUGCUGGAAGGACAGAUAAUAGAAAAAGAAAUAAAGGUUAAAAUUAAUUGCCCAGAAACCCAUUACAACAUUUUUCAGUGCAUGCACCAUCUCAAUAACGAUAAAUGCAGUCAUGGACCUGCUGAAAUCAAGUGUGAAGGUUAUAUUCCAAAAACUGCAGAUAAUACUCCAAAAGGAGGUAAUUCUUCAGUUGGUCUGAUAUUGGGUCUGUCGGGAGCUGUGCUGGGGUUGCUGAUUUUGUUUUUAAUGUGGAGAAAUCGGAAACGUCUACUUUUAGCCUUAAGAUAUUACAGAAGUAAAAAGGGCAAAGACGUCAGCCCAGAUGUGAAUGAAAUGGAUAAGAUGGAUACAGGGGACAAAGGUUUUUCUGAAGAAAAGGCAUCCUUUUUAGAUGAUGAUUACGAGGAUGUGGAUUCUCUCAUGGACAAGUCAGGAGAGGAGGAUGAAGAUGACCGAAAGAGGGAUUCUUCUGGGACAGAAUAUGAUGACAUUGAGGGACAAGCCAAUGGAAUCUCUCCUUCUCAAACCCACCAUGAUGAAGACCUCGACAUCCCUCUCCUUCCCAAGAGACCCGAGAACAUUCUUGAUCAGGACACCUAUGAAGUGGAGACAGAGAAACAGCAGGACUAUGAUGAUGUCAUGUCUGUCGAGGCUACAGCCAAUGAAAAUGCAGGGAUGACAGGCACACAAGCUCAUGUAGAUGUAGACAUGGAUGAAGGUGCAGAUUCAGAUUUAGAUGCAGGUCUAUUUGCAAAUGCUGAUGCAGAUAUGUUGACCACAGAGGUAGAGGUUCACGCUCAAGGAGAGUAAUAAAGCAGCCACGAGACCAAAUUGUUAUUUUAUGUUAAUAUUAAUAAAAUCUAAGAUUGUAUGUUCUUAUGAAAGUAGAAUAUUAAUAAGAAAAUAUGGAUGAACAAAUGCUGUUUAAUAAUGAUGCUAGCUCUCUAGAUUUUUUCUCAAGAUGUAUAAAAGAAGGGACACAUACACAAACCUGAUUUGGAAUAACAAAAUCUUUAAUUAUAGUCACAAAAGUGUAUGAACUGAAGAAAAAAGCUAAUUUUUGUACUGACAAACCAGUCAAACUUUUUGUAAUUCUUAAGGUUUUGAUGUGUAGUUUUGAUCUGUUUGUUCCUGCUUUGCUUGAUUUGUUUUUUAGUCUGUUAGAGCUCAUGAGUAGGCCCACAAAAAACCUUGAAAUUCAGUUAUCAUCAUUCAAUCUUAUUCAUUUGAUUUGAUAAUUUUUUUAAACAUUUACAAGAUCAAUGCUUUUAAAAAGGUUCAAGAUCAGGUAACACAAUGUUAUCACAAACAGGCCAGAGCUCACUCAAAUUUGCAGAAUAUUUCUAACAAGAGUUUGGUCACUACAGAUAAACUAAAAAAAAAAAAAAAAAAAAAAAAAAAGAAUUAGCAUUAUGUCACUUCACCAAUGGAUCCUCUGCUGUGAAUGAAUGCCA